GUUGGAGGACGCUGUCGUACAAAAAGACCUGCAUCCUCCAUUCAUCAGUGAGUCACCGGGACUGCAGGUACACACCUCCUCAUUACUUCAACUCAACCAGCUGGACUGCUGCUGUUUAUGCAUCGUGGCUGGAUUGACUUCAUCACAGUCAGUGCAUGAACACUGGAUUGUCCCGUAGCUUUGGGACUAAAAGACAGGGACACCUUUUAGAAGAGACACACACUCCUACAUGGAGAUUGAAAGCAUGGUGGCAAACAGUGCUCUCAUUAAAGCCAGAGAAGGUGGAGGGAGUAAAGGCCGGAGCUACAAGUGGAGAGACAAGCUUCGCUUUUCUCACAUUAGUCAGUGCAUGGACCUGGCCAUGACCAUAGAGCGAGAGUACUACAGUCUGUGUGUGAAGCAACCGAUCGGCAAGAAACUGUUUCAGCUCUUCUGUCGGAGUCGACCGGAUCUGCAGAACUACAUCUCCCUGCAGGACGCUCUGGACGCCUUCGAGACGAAGUCCGAUGAGGAGAGGAAAGACUUUGGCAUCAGCAUCAUUCAGAGAUUCCUCAGGAGUCAGUCCAUUCAGUGUGUGUCCAUCGUGCUGAAGCAUGAACAGAGCUGCAUCCAGAGCCUGGAGCUCGACCCCUGCAUGGACGUCUUCUGUGACUGCAGGGAAGAUCUACAUCACUACCUGCGUGGAGAGCCCUUCAUCCUGUACCAGAAGAGCAUGUUCUAUGACCGUUUCCUGCAGUGGAAGACACUGGAGAGGCAGCCCAUCACCAAGCAGAAGUUUAGACAGUACAGACUUCUGGGGAAAGGAGGGUUUGGAGAGGUGUGGGCUUGUCAGAAUCGAGCCUCAGGAAUGUUGUACGCCUGCAAGAAGCUGGAGAAGACUCACGUGAAGAAGAGGAAAGGAGAAGAGAUGGCUCUCAACGAGAAAGAGAUCCUGGAAGGGCUGGACAGCAGAUUUGUGGUGAAUCUGGCGUACGCUUACGAGACCAAGCACGCCCUCUGUAUGGUUCUGACCAUGAUGAGCGGCGGCGACUUGAAGUUUCAUAUUCAUAACAUCGGCACGCCCGGCCUGGACAGAGACCGAGUACGAUUCUACGCUGCGGAAGUCUGCUGUGGUUUAAUUCACCUCCAUCAGAACUCCAUAUUAUACAGGGAUAUGAAACCAGAAAACAUUUUGCUGGAUGACAACGGACAUAUCCGCAUCUCUGACCUGGGCCUGGCUGUGAGGCUGUCUGAGGGGAGUCUGGUGCGAGGCAAGGUGGGCACUCUGGGAUACAUGGCUCCGGAGGUGGUCGGCCACAAGCACUACGGGAUGAGCGUGGACUGGUGGGGCCUCGGCUGCCUGAUCUACGAGAUGACGACGGGGCAGCCUCCGCUCCGGAACCGAGGGGAGCACCCUACGCCCUCCGAGAUGGAGAGAAGGAUCCAGAAUGGAGACAUAGAAUACGGUGACAAGUUCAGCAAGGGGUCGAAGGACCUCUGCUCCUCGCUGCUGAUCAAGGACCCUAAACAGAGGCUGGGCUGCCGGAGCUCGGGGGGGAGAGAAGUUAAGUCGCAUCCUUUCUUCAGAAAAAUCAACCUCCGGAUGCUGGAGGCCGGACUCGUCGAGCCGCCGUUCAAACCUGAUCCCAGACUGGUGUACUGCAGCGACGUCCAGGACAUCGAGGAGUUCUCUACGGUGAAGGGAGUCACGCUGGACCAGAAGGACAGCGACUUCUACUCCAAGUUCAACACCGGCAGCGUCUCUAUAACCUGGCAAAAUGAGGUGAUAGAGACGGGAUGCUUCAGGGAGCUGAAUCUGUUUGGUCCUGAUGGGAGUCGAUCUCCAGACCUGGACUGGUCCCAGACCCCCGGGAACCCCAAACGGAGCCUGCUGGACCGGAUCUUCCGCAGAAACCACCCUGCAGACACGUCAGACGAAGGCAGACAGAACUUGAUUCCCCCUGAAACCUACAUGAAGUCCGGACUGCUCAGUACGCCGCUCUGAGGACGCUCACAGCUCAGAGACAGACUGCUCUAAAGACACUAAAACAUCCACUGGAGCAGCAAAAAGACGUUCAACGUUCUUCCCUGUAAAUCACCGCAUAGCACACGUUUCUUUGUGUUUGUAUUGUUUUCAUUUCACUCACAGCUAUACUUUAUUAGCACUCGCUUUAGGCAAAGAACGCAUGUUGAUAAGAAGUGAAAGUCAAUUGUUUGUUCCAUUGCAACAUCAGCGCCCAGCAGCAGAGCUACGCUUCCGCCAUUUUGGACUGAAAGCGACUACCGGACGCCAGUAAAACAUCCGCCUACAAAGAGCCGUACAA